CGCCGCCCAGCCUUGUGUGUGUGCUGGAGAGAGAGAGAGAGAGAGUGGGAGAGAGAGGGAAACCUAGCGCGCGGACCUGUGACGUGAAAAGUGAGCGCCGCCAUAGCGGUGCCUGUGUGAGAGCGUGAGAGAGACACAGACAGACAGACAGGGGAGAGAGACAGCACGAAAGACAUGGCUUCCAGUGGAACCCAUGUGGACUCAAAGUCCGAGUUGACGGCCUUGUUGGAGCAAUGGGAAAGUGGACAUGGCACCGGGAAUGACAUGGUUUCCAUCUUAACCAGAAUGUCAGAGCUGAUUGAAAAGGAAACAGAGGAAUAUCGAAAGGGGGAUCCUGAUCCCUUUGAUGACCGCCAUCCAGGUCGUGCAAACCCCGAGUGUAUGCUUGGACAUCUCCUGCGUAUUCUGUUUAAGAAUGAUGACUUUAUGAAUGCGCUGGUGAAUGCGUACGUAAUGACAAGCAGAGAGCCUCCAUUAAACACCGCAGCUUGCCGCCUUCUGCUGGACAUUAUGCCUGGAUUGGAGACAGCCGUUGUUUUUCAGGAAAAGGAAGGAAUUGUGGAGAAUCUUUUCAAAUGGGCUCGGGAAACAGAGCAGCCGCUCCGUACGUAUGCUAUCGGAUUACUAGGAGGAGCCAUGGAGAACCAGGAUAUAGCAGCCAAUUAUCGGGACGAGAAUUCACAGAUGGUGGCGCUGGUGCUACGUAGACUGCAGGAACUACAGUCCCAAGACACCCCCACAAACAAAUUUGAAACAAAACGCCCAAGUCCCCGUCGGCCAGUUGGUGAACCACUACUUCCACUUGAUGAAGAGGCAGUGGACAUGGAUUAUGGGGAGACUCCGCUGGACACUGGGCCGAACGAUGGGAAUGUUGAUCUAUCUUUCCGGUUGCAAACCAGCCCUGGGUCUGGGAUCCUGGUGAACUCCAGUGGGGCCGGAACCCCACGUAGAGCAAAGCAGGAUGGAGAAGUCCAUCGAAAGAUGAAACACAAGCUAACCUUCUCGGAGCCGGAGCGAGCAACCAGCGAACUUUCCAACAGCAGCUGGUCGGAGAUGUCUGUCUGGGUUAUUGGCACAAAUUAUUCUCUAUACCCCCUCACUCCAGCCAUUGAGCAGAGGUUAAUUCUUCAGUACCUUACUCCUCUUGGAGAAUAUCAAGAGUUGCUGCCUACCUUCAUGCAGUUGGGUUCCUGGGAGUUGAUGAUGUACUACAUUGAUCUGAAACGUACAAAUGAUGUCCUCCUCACGUUUGAGGCGCUCAAGCACCUGGCCUCCCUUCUUCUUCACAACAAGUUUGCUGCAGAGUUUGUGGCUCACGGGGGUGUUCAGAAAUUGCUUGAAAUUCCUCGUCCCUCUAUGGCUGCCACCGGUGUGUCCAUGUGUCUUUACUACCUGUCUUACAACCAAGAUGCCAUGGAAAGGGUGUGCAUGCACCCGCACAAGGUACUCAUGGAUGUUGUGAAUUAUACUCUAUGGCUCAUGGAGUGCUCACAUGCGUCUGGAUGCUGCCAUGCUACCAUGUUCUUCUCAAUCUCCUUUGCAUUCCGAGCUGUAUUAGAGCUGUUUGACAGUCAGGAUGGAUUGAGGCGGCUGGUUAAUCUGAUAAGCACUCUGGAAAUCCUAAACCUAGAAGACCAGGGCGCCUUGCUAAGUGAUGACGAGAUAUUUGCAAGUCGACAGACGGGAAAACAUACAUGCAUGGCUCUUCGCAGAUAUUUUGAGGCACAUCUCGCCAUUAAAGUGGAACAAGUGAAGCAGUCACUGCAGCGCACUGAGGGGGGGCUUCCCAUACAUCCGCCACCUCCCUACAAGGCCUGCACGUACACGAGAGAGCAGAUCGUGGAGAUGAUGGAGUAUCUGAUUGAGUUUGGGCCAUCUCAGCUGUAUUGGGAGCCUGCUGAAGUCUUUCUGAAGCUAUCCUGUGUUCAGCUACUACUGCAGCUCAUCUCCAUUGCCUGCAGCUGGAAGACUUAUUACGCCAGGAAUGAUACAGUUCGUUAUGCUUUGGAUAUUCUUGCCAUCUUGACUGUGGUUCCAAAGAUUCAGCUUCAGUUGGCAGAACCAGUGGAUGUUUUGGAUGAGGCCGGUUCCACAGUCUCCACCGUAGGUAUAAGCAUUGUGCUGGGUGUGGCAGAAGGUGAAUUCUUCACUCACGAUGCUGAGAUUCAAAAGUCUGCUUUACAGAUAAUUAUUAACUGCGUAUGUGCCCCUGAGUCCCGCAUCUCCAGUAUUGGCAAGUAUGUCUCUGGGACACCUCGUCGGCGCACUCCAGUUGUCCCGUCCUUCCACCAACAAGGCCGAGGAAGUGCUGGGGAGCCUACGCUUGCCAAGAUGUGGAAUGUUGUCCAGUCUAACAAUGGCAUUAAAGUUCUUUUGUCUCUGCUGUCUGUCAAAAUGCCCAUUACAGAUGCUGACCAGAUUCGCGCUUUGGCAUGCAAGGCACUGGUUGGUUUGAGCCGGAGCAGCUCCGUGAGGCAGAUCAUCAGUAAGCUGCCCCUUUUCAGCAGUAGCCAGAUACAGCAGCUAAUGAAGGAACCAAUACUCCAGGACAAGCGCAGCGAACAUGUGCGCUUCUGUAAGUUUGCCGCGGAGCUAAUUGAGAGAGUAUCGGGGAAACCAUUGCUGAUGGGAAGUGAUGUAUCCUUGGCACGAUUACAAAAGGCAGAUGUGGUUGCUCAGUCUCGUAUCUCUUUCCCAGAAAAAGAGUUGCUUCUGCUUAUACGCAAUCAUCUGGUGGCCAAGGGCCUUCAUGAAACAGCCACUGCACUUACCCGCGAAGCUGACCUUCCCAUGACUGCUGCUUCCCACACCACUUCUUUUCUGCCAGCCGUCACCACUCAGCCACCCUCUACCUCUUCACCGGUUGCGCUUCCACGCACACCACGCAUUCCUGCCCGUCUCUCUGGCACUGCCUUGUGCCCUCAUCCCCCCACCAGACCUCAGUUGCCACCUCCACUGGCUACUCCUGCCCCUGUUCCCUCAGGCUCUCCACUCAUUGGGCGCAUCAGCUUUGUACGAGAGAGACAGUCACCCUGCAAUGGCAAGCGAGCCCGUGUAUUGAGGCAGAAGUCAGACCAUGGUGCCUAUAGCCAAAGCCCGGCAUUCAGGAAGCAGUUGGAGCGGCAUGCCCCCUCUCCACCUACACUGGACAGUAUCAUGACUGAAUACCUGCGGGAACAACAUGCCCGCUGCAAGAACCCAGUUGCCAUAUGCCCACCUUUUUCACUCUUCACCCCUCACCAGUGCCCUGAGCCCAAGCAACGCAGGCAAGCACCUACUAACUGCACAUCCCGACUUACUCGCCGUGCUGCCUUCCCCAAAUAUGGUGGGGUGGAUGGGGGCUGCUUUGACAGACAUCUUAUCUUCAGCAGGUUCCGUCCGUUAUCUGUGUUCCGUGAGGCCAAUGAGGAUGAGAGCGGCUUUACGUGUUGUGCGUUUUCUGCCAGGGAACGAUUCUUAAUGCUGGGUACAUGCACAGGACAGCUUAAACUGUAUAAUGUGUUCAGCGGGCAGGAGGAGGCUAGUUACAAUUGCCACAAUUCUGCUAUAACACACCUUGAGCCAUCCCGGGAUGGGUCUCUCCUCCUUACUGCAGCCACAUGGAGUCAGCCUCUCUCUGCCCUUUGGGGCAUGAAAUCUAUCUUUGAUCUGAAGCAUUCAUUCAAUGAGGAUCAUUACGUGGAGUUUAGUAAGCUUUCACAGGAUCGGGUAAUAGGCACAAAAGAGGAUAUUGCUCAUCUUUAUGAUCUUCAAUCAGGAAAGAAGUUUUUAACCUUGUACAACCCUGAUUUGGCGAAUAACUACAAGCGCAACUGUGCCACCUUCAACCCCACAGAUGAUCUUGUACUGAAUGAUGGAGUCUUAUGGGACGUGCGCUCUGCUCAAGCCAUCCACAAGUUUGACAAGUUCAACAUGAAUAUCAGCGGUGUCUUUCACCCAAACGGACUUGAAGUUAUCGUGAAUACUGAGAUUUGGGACCUCCGUACCUUUCAUCUUCUACACACUGUGCCUGCUCUAGACCAGUGUCGUUUGGUCUUUAAUUACACAGGAACAGUCAUGUAUGGAGCCAUGCUGCAGGCAGAUGAUGAAGAUGACCUUCUAGAAGAAAGAAUGAAGAGCCCGUUUGGUUCUUCAUUUCGGACAUUUAAUGCGACAGAUUAUAAACCAAUAGCUACCAUUGACGUGAAACGCAAUAUAUUUGAUUUGUGCACAGACUCAAAAGAUUGCUACCUGGCUGUAAUUGAGAAUCAAGGUACAAUGGAUGCCCUUAAUAUGGAUACUGUGUGCCGUCUGUAUGAAGUAGGGAGACAGCGACUGGCAGAGGAUGAGGAUGAAGAAGAUCAGGAAGAAGAGGAGCAGGAUGAGGAUGAUGACGACGACGAUGAUGACUCUGACGAAUUUGGACCUCUCUUGGAUGCUUUGGACGAGGAAGAAGAAGCUGGUGAGCAGGCCGGGGAAGAUGGAGAGAAUGACUUCUCACCUUCUGAUGAUGAAGAAUUGGCAAAUUUACUGGAAGAUGAAGAUGAUGAGGGUGACGAUGGAGAUGAGGAAGGCCAUGAUGAUGAUGAUUCUGACAUUGACCCAGAGGUGGCGCUCAUACUGGGAGACUCUGACAGUUCAGAUAACUCUGACCUGGAAGAUGAUAUAAUCCUAGCACUGAAUGAAUGAUAAUUUGAGGAUCUUAAAUAAUUAUACACAAGGCAUUUUCCUUCCUGGAGAAGCAGAGCACACAUCAGCCUUGUGUGAUUGAAAGGCAGGCAUUAGGAACUGGACUCGUCAUACUUUGGAGGGUGAAUAACCCUUUAAAUAAACAUGUUGAAUUUU